UUAAAGUUCAGACCUUGUUUGCAGGCCAUUGAAACCGGAAACCGGAAAUGGCGUGGAUCGGUUUGUGGGAUAGUUGAUUCACCUCUAGACAAAGUCUGGUCUGUUGUCUCGCAAACGAAAAGAUUAUCACAAUGGAUGCCGAUGGUCGAGCGCUGCACGGAUUUAGCCGGGGACGAAGGCGUUCCUGGGUACGUCCGUCUAGUCUCGGGCUUCAUGUUCCCUCAACACGACAGAGAAAGGUCGUGGAUUAAAGAGAGGCUGGUCGCAAUCGAUCCAACGUCACACAGUUAUGUGUACAAGAUGGAAGCAAGCAACGUGGGAUUAGAUGGAUCUGUGAAUUCUUUGAAACUUAUGGAUUAUGGAGAUGGCUCAACGUUGGUCAAUUGGUCAUUUGAGAUAGACCCUUUAGAAGGUACAAUUGAGGAUAGCAUCAUUGAUUAUUUAGGGUUUCUCUAUAAAUCCUGCAUUAAUAGGAUCCAAUGUGCCAUUGAAAUAGGGACGUAA